CCCGUGUAGAUAACUAGAUUUUAGUGGCUUCGGGGGCCAUUUCAAACUCAUACUUUUUUCAUAAAAAGUCCUGACUGUAAAGUUCCGUCUGUGGCGACGAAGUGAUCAGAUCUAUUUUCAUCAGAUGUUACUGAAACCGAUGGAAGAUAAUCUACUGAAUCAUCAACUGUUUUCGGGUAUGCUCUGAUGAAAACUUUACGUCAAUAAACGAAACAUUUUCAAAUUUGCGUCGGCGCAAUUGUUUAUGGUAAGGGGAUUAGUGUUUCCCACGCUCUGACGUCACUUGUACUUAACCAUUCAUAGAGUUCCCUUUGCUCCACUGCUGAUGUUAUUCUCAAACUUCGUUGAGAUUAUAUUUAAGCGCCGCAUGUUGUAUUUCAACAUUUUUCUCUCAGUUGGAGGCAGAUUCGCACACAAACCGCGCUACCCUCCCGGGGAUGUAAAGACUGUCGGUACCCGGGGUGAGGAGGUUUUGACUGGAGCUUAUGAGAUUUAGAAGCGUGUUCCUGUGACGCAGACGAGAAAACAGAGCAUGGCGGGAUCUGGCAGAUGUUUCGGGCUGAUAGCACUCGUCAGCGGGGUGCUGCUGGCCCCCAUCCUCGCGAAUCAGAGGCGGGAUCGUGAUGGACCCCGUCCUCCCCAUCUCGACACUGUCACCCCGCCCCCACACAGGGAAGGAGGCGCUCUAGCGUUGGGGUCCUGUCGUCAAGGGACUCAUCACUAUGGCAACCGUUGCUAUGACGUGAGCAAGGAAAGGGUGGAUUACGACACUGCCGUAGAGCGGUGCUCGGGUCAGAACGGGGGGAAACUCGUCACGUUCAAGACCGCUAAGAUUAUGGAUGGACUCGCCCACAUCUUUUCUGACUGCCGAUUUCCGCUAGGCGUCGCCUUUGGUAAGGCUGGGAAAAAGGUGCGCAACCGUGGGCGCCCACCACCAAAACGCUGCAAAGGACGCCAACGUAACCCUAAGUCAAAAAAAAUCCCGCCUGGAUUCUUGUGGAUCGGGCUGAGAAGGAACGGUUCGGGAACAGCGGACCGGCCCUUCCGUUUCUCGGACGGCUCCCCUUUGGGAACGUUCAGGCGAUGGAUAAACGGUCAGGCCCCUCGCCCUAACGCCGAGGACGGAAAGGACUGCGUGGCUGCGAGGAUCAUGAACAACCAGGGAUGGAAACGGUUUACCUGCUCCCAUCCACUUCGCUACAUCUGCCAAUCAGAAAUGGUAAUUCGUCAAAAUGGCGGAGAAAGCACGGGCAACAGUCUCACAACAGAGGUCAGCACAUCGGAUGCUGUCGGCACCACCGGAGACCUGUUCACCUACGUCACCGACGGGCUGCCCGCCAGACAGAGCGGGGAGACACCCACUCCACAGGGCGCGGCUCUCCAGGCGGAAACAAGGGCAGGGGGAGCGGAGAAACCAUCGGUUAACCUGUGGCUACUACUGCCCGGCCUACAGAUAACCGGCAUGCUGAUCUUGAUGGUGUGGGGCACGCUGUUCGCCUGGAAGAUCACGGAGGGAGGGACCAGGCCUGUGUCCGCGACGUCUCACGCCUCCGUGUCGGCUGCCUCAGAUGUCCCCAUUUCAGAACAAGUACCAAAACACUUUGAAGGUCCAGACUAGGGAUAUGGUGGCGAGAAUGAGCCAUUCUUUUGUUCACCUUUAAGGCUCAUAUUACCUUUGUCUUGAUCAUGUCUCAUAGAAUUUAUUUUGUCGUUCUACGAAUGAAUGAAUAAUGUUUAUUCACGUAAAUCCUGCCAGCCUUGCGGCGGAAUUUCAUUUCAAUUACAAGUUAAACGUUGCACAUGCAUUAAAAUGCCACUUUAGUUCACAAGAAACCUCAAAUAUUCAGUGAAUAUCAAAGAUAACUAAGGCAGACAUCGGCAUUUGCAGUUAUUUGUGCUGUCGAUUAUAUUACAAUUGAAACAUAUUAUUAUGAUAUUAUUUCAUAUGAUACCACCAGCGUCCAAGUAUUUCAGUGACACUCGCACGUUUUCUCCUUUAAGGUCUGGUCAAGUGUUGCCAUGCCAUUCUGUCUUCCUAAAGGCUGUCUGUAGUAUCACCUAACAUUUAAAAUACACAUCUGCUUACAACGUUACGUUGGAAGUACUUAUCAUGUCUGAUAAUUACAUCACUUCAGGUA